UUACCACUCAAAGAUGGCUGACGAAUGUAAAGGAAUGGAAGAAGACAGAACCAGUAGAAAUUUCCCAGCUGAAGAGAGUCACCAAGAAACUGAUGACGAAAAAUUAGAGAGACAAUAUUUUUGGAAAGUUGUGGAGGCAUUUUUAUAUUAUAAGUAAGUUUAUAACAAAUUGAAAAAUCAAUGAUAAUAAUAAUCCCUUAGUAUGAUAAUGAAUGAUAAUGAAAGAUAUUUGUUUGUUGUUUUGUAUUCUUAGGGAUUUUUCUUUACGGAAGCUGCAAAGGGUCAAGACGAACUUUAAAUUACUUCCUAAAAGACAUCGGGAAAUGCUUCCAAAUUAUAAAGAUCACAUCUCGAAAAUCGAAAAAUGUAUUGAGGAGAAUCAGAAGUUCUUAUUCGAUAUCGUCAGCCACACCAAUGAAAUGUUUGAAAAUAGAGAUCAUUCAAGAAUUCCUUCAGUAAGUAUUUAAGACUGUCACAGCCUCUAUUUCAAUUACAUUUGAAGAAUUGGCUCCUAAGCAUCCAGGUUAUUAUGUAAAGUUUAUCAUUAACAUCGUGACUUGACAGGAAUUUAAACACCUUUCCAAAAAGCCCUAGACCAAGUAUGUAAUUUAUGACAAUUUCAUGUUGCAAGUUUGUCUUUUUAAUGAGGGGUACAUACAUGUAUGUUAUAUUGGGAAGGAUCUAGUGCCACUUAGUUAUCUUACAACCAAUUCCUUUCAUUUUGGAGACUUGAGACAGCUUGCAGACAACAGUACUAUAAUCAUUGCUUUAGACAUAGCUAAAAUACUUUUUCACAAAAGUAUUUUAAAAAGUCUUAGAUUACAUGCCCAGAAUAAUGUUGCAUUAUGUUGAUCAGACUCCUAGUGACCCAGCAAACCAACCAAUCAGUGGUUUUGACAUGGAAAAAGUAACAACAACACUGAAACAGUUUGUGAGAGACUGGAGCGAUGAGGUAUUUAAUAGUUUAUUUGUUUGUUUGGCAUAUGUGUACCUGUAAGAUGGCAAUUUAAUAAUUACCUGAUGACUCACAUGGUGAAUGGUGUGAACCAAGGUGAUCAUGUGGUUUUCAUGAUCUUAUGGGUGGUGCCUCAGGAUCAUAAAUGGUAACCAGUGAAUUUUCAGGGAAGCUUGAUGAAAUGCUGGGAGGGUAACCUUGUGAUGGACCAGCAUCCCAUCCAGGGGGAAGCAGUAUUACCCCAGUAGUCACUUCAUGCCCUGGAAAUUGGGAAAAGCUCUAGCUGGGUGAGGCACUUUUAAUAAGUACAGACUCAACUACCACAGGGUUACACUCAGCAAGUAAUAGACUCCUUUCUGGAUAGAAGUGCAUUGCUUUCAAAAUAAAUUAUGUAAGGUUACUAAACUAAUCUCUCCUACUUAGUUUCUUUCAACACUGUACAUAUGAAAUUAAUUUUAUAACAGGGAAGAGCUGAACGUGAUGCUUGUUAUAAACCUAUUAUUGAAGAGAUCCAAAGACUUUUUCCAGGAACAGAAUGGUGAUGACUUUAUGUUAAUUUGUUAAGAAAAACAUAUUGAAAUUUAAGACCAGUAAUUAUGUGUCUAUUAGAACUUUGACCCUUUAGCUCCUAGCAGUGAUUAUGAUUAAAUUUCUCCCUAAGGUAUAAGUACAUAUCCAACAAAUGGUUGAUGAGGAUCAUGAACUUACUAGUUACAUAUAGGGUAUUGUCUCCUCAUAAAUGGUAUACUGAAUUCUCUUAGACCUUUGAUCCCUGAGAGUGACUUAAGCAUAUAAUUUCUCCUUACAAUGUCACUGACUUCUGAAUCACAUGUUAAGGUCCUGAGGAUAAAGGAAAUGAACACCAACUAAAGAAGCUCUUGCUUAUUAAACAAAUUCUCCUUGUCAGCACCCUUUGAAAUGUAUAGAGAAUAAUAUAGGGAACAUGCAUACUGAUGUUAGGGACUGUAAAGGGUUAACAUCAAUGAACUGUUAUGCAGCUAGAAAAAAGAACUCCAAAUCAGACAUUUACAGUGAAAGUGUCAAUUUGGAACUUUUAACUUACUAAGGCCCAAAUUUUGUCUGUAAUUUUCAACCUUAAUUAUACUGCAGUGACUUGUUAUAACUGUUGUAAUAAAUUUCAGCUCUAGAGGAGAAGUAUCCAUCCUUGUACCUGGAGCAGGUUUAGCAAGACUGAUGUUUGAUAUUGCAAAACUUGGUAGGAUGGAUUUUAAAAAGUUUUUAGUAGUAUUUAUUUGGUUGUACUUGUGGUUGUAUUUUUUAAAACUGGUCUAGCUCUUUUUUUUUGUUUUUGAAUUGUCUUUUCUUAAGGUUUAGAAAGUGUUUUGUAUUUUCCUCACCUACAUUUAACAUCUAUAAUAGUGCUUUUCAUUUGUGUUUUAUUGUUUUUUCCAUUUCACCUUUUUUUCUUCCAGUUCUCUGAAAGCUUCCUUUGUUUCUUGAUUUACUUUUAUUUUAUAAUGGUAAUUAAACUGAGAGUAGUGCAAUUUGGUCUGAAAUCAUAUGUGCACCAAUGAGAGCAAAUCUCAAGGAUCAUCAGUGAUUUCAAAAUGAAUGUAUAAAUAAUUAUAAAUAUGAGAAUCAAGAGACUCUUGUAGAGCAAUUAUCACCUUUUUUAUGCUUCUUCUUCUUUUCUCUAAAUUUUUUGUUUUUUGAUCUUUAGCAUGUUUAAUGGACUUGCUUUAUUCAUUAUCAUUCUCUAGUCAUAUUGACAAUCAGAUAAAAAGAACAAGUAAAAAAUGGGGUGAUUGAAAACCUUUUGCCAAAGGUUGACUCAAUUUGCUGUUAGAAGAUGAUCAGUGACUGUAACUUCAAUUUAUUUAAAAUGUAUCUUAGGUUACAGAUGUCAAGGAAAUGAGUGGAGCUUAUACAUGCUAUUUGCGUCACACUUUAUAUUAAACAGGUUAGCACUUACAGUUGAUAUAGCUCAGUAACUCAGUUUACUUAUUUUGUGCGGUGAGAUGGAAAGUGUCUAAAUUUGUAAUUUCCAUUUCCUCUUUACAUUUGAUACAUUUCAAUUUUUUUUGGUGGUCUAAUGUGGAAAGGUCAUGAUUGAUUUCAUCUUAAUUUUCCUUAAAAAUUAAGAAAACAUCACAUACUGACAAGUAAUUCAUACCCAUACUUGGCCUGCUUACUACCUGAGUUCAAGGUCCUUACUGUGAGGUGUGGACCGAGUGGGAAAAAAUGAGGAUCAGUAAUUCACAGUGUGGAUCGAGAAAAACAAUAUUAGUAAGAUGGUUACUUUGUCUCUUGCUUCAACCAGAGGGGAAAGUUUUCAAGUCAUACAGACGUUUGAAUUUAGUGGGCCGUACAGUGAAAUACGGCCCGCUAAACUGACCAAUCGUAACGCACGUACUAAAUGAGAUAUAUAACAAUAUGUGGUACAAUUUUUAAUAUUUUGAAGUAUGGUUUUUUCUGUACAACAUACAUUGCUAUUUUUUUUCCAAAGUCAAUCUUUCCUCUACCUGAUUUUUCGUUCAGAGCAUCUGACACGUAUCACAUCACAAUAUACCCAUAUAUACACCAGACCUGCAAUAACCGAACGUCAGCUGACCAGAUACGCGCCGUUCUUAUCCCGGAUGUGAACCCAUCUGAUGUUCCACCCGAUCUAAACUUUUCAAUGGCUGCUGGAGAUUUUUUAGAAGUUUACACCGAGAAAGGUACUUUAUUUGAACGCGCAUUUAAAGUUCAGUAUUCGUAAUAGUGGUACAUACAUAAGAGUAAUAUAGUAAUGGUAGUAAUAUCUGUCAAGUGAAAAGUGUAAUAAUUUCUUCAAUUACAAGAAGAACGCAUAGUUGAAGAUUGACACUUAACAAUGUAUAUACACGGGUCGUCGGGAGCAGAAUAUCACGCGCAUAAACUAAGGUUUUGUACGGCCGGCUAUCUUGUUCUCUGUCGCAAAUUUGCCAUUUGUGCAAAUUGUCAGCGAUGAUUCAACUAAAGCUCAUGCUACUCUAAACUUGCUUGUGAGGCAGAAAUGCUGACCUUGCUAAGUUAGGCAGGUCUGGUCCUGUUUUCUCGUAGACAGUGUAACAUUGAGCGGAAGUUUUAUUACAUUUUUUAAGCCAAUUUGUAGCCAGCAGAACAGGGUUAAUUGUUUUUGCGUUUUUCAUGGCUGAAAAGCGUGAGUCGCGCGCUAGGGAAGGAGCUCCUCUCCUCGCGCAUAACUCGCGUUUACCUCCUUUCGCGUGAAAAAAACUAAAAACCUACGCCUCUUCAGCAGGCCAGUUAAUGUGAUGCUGGACCACACUUACGGUACACUAGAUGGGAUUUUUGUCAGUUUUCACAAACAGUAAACAGUGUGAUACUAACGUUUAGGUUCGAGUUUAUUGGAAACACACUAACAAUAAAACCAGACAACUACCCACCAUUUUAUAAUUUUGUGUGGAAUUUACUAACAGUUCUCCUUUCUUUGCUUUGUUUCUCAGAAUCCUGGGACUGUGUAGUAACUUGUUACUUCAUUGACACGGCUCAUAAUGUCAUCGCUUUCAUUGAAAAUAUUGAAAAAAUCUUAAAGCCUGGUGGCUACUGGAUUAAUCUUGGUAAGUUUAAACGAGUGCGAGGUCUAAUGCGUAUAUCGUUGGGCUGGAAAAUAACUUUUAAUUGAUGUGGCAGUGGAUUGCCCAAAGGUACAUUCAGUUUAUGAAAUAAACCUCGUGCUAGGCGUAAAAAUGCUGUUCUUUGUCACCAUACCAGAAACGAGAAAUAAAAUUUUCCUUUCCAUCUCUCGAUGAGUGUCUGAGAAAUUUCAACUGGCUCAAUGCUUUAACCAGGGAUGGAGAUUGCAGUCUCAUCGACAAAAUACUAUAUGGGUUUAAAGGCUUCCAAGGCACAUUCUCACUCAGACUGCACAAUUCCCUAUCCUCCUCAUUCCCCCGAACUUUAUCCAUACAAAAAAAAAGUUACCCACGAAAACUUCAACCUUCGAGAAAUUUAAUUGGAUCCUGAGUUAAACACCAAUACUCUCUCGACUGCAAUAAUAAUGAUUUCUUCACAAGUCUCAGUACCUUCGCUCUUCCUUCAUUGUGCAGAAUUGGUUUCAAAUAAUUCUUACCAUUUUCAUACAUCUCAGCAGCAAGAAUGAACAUUCUCCCUCCCCACUCAGGACUAUAAGUAGACUCUGGGAAGCUUUCAGGAAAACCCAAGGGACUGGGGAAAGAUGACCCACGAGGGACUAGCAUUCUAUCCAAGGAUGGAGGGGGGGGGGGAAGGGAUGGGGAUGUAGCCCCUUUCUUGGUCGCUCCUUGCUGUAGGAGCCAGUUCAAGCUCCGGCAGUUUUGAAGCUAAGGCUCGUUACUUUGCUUCUCUUUUCUUAUCUUUUUCUCAAUUCAUUUUUAUAGGUCCAUUAUUGUAUCAUUUUGCUGACAUGGCAAAUGAAUGGUCUGUGGAGUUAUCGUACGAAGAAAUCAGAAGGAUUGCUACGGAGCACUUCAAAUUUGAAAUUAUUGUAUGUUAUUAUCAUGCAUGCACAGUACCUUAGCAUUCGGUGUCUCAAUGCCCAUUGGUUUUGUUUCGUUGUCUGCACAUCAAGAUGAUCGUAUGCUUCGGGCAACUUCAGUUCUAUCCUUCAUUAAUCAACCUUGAUUGUAGUGGUGAUUGAUCGUAGUGGAGAUUGAUCGUCCGUGAGUUUAAUUUACUUUUCUCUUUACCUGUUCUUUUUCAGAAAGAAGAGACCAGUAUUUCAUCAGGAUAUAUUGAAAAUCAACGAUCCAUGUUGAAGCUGGUUUAUGAUAACGUGUUUUUUGUUGCACGCAAACCUCUGUGACAAAAGUGGAAAUGUCCCGUAAACUUCUUCCAGUAUUUACUUAUCAUCAUAAACUGAAUUGGAUAAAAGACUCUUAAGAUUCAUAACAAAGAACUUGAAUGACAAAGCCAUAUACGUCGAUGAGAACAAAUAGUUUAACUAAUAAAUCGAUUACUUUCGUGUAUUGGCUGCUUUUUUGAAUUGGCUAUCGCUUCGACUCAGGAAUAUGCCAAAACAUGUUUGAGGAAGGUUCUGCUACGGAAGGGGA